AUGGGCUCCCGGCACUUCCCUGCCCGGACUGUGCUCUUUGAGAAGGAGUCCACUGGUGUCACAUACCGCGUGCCAGCCCUGCUCUACCUGCCCUGCGUGGCCAAGCUGCUGGCCUUUGCCGAGGAGCGGCUGAGCGCCGAUGAUGCCCACGCCAACCUGCUGGUGCUGCGCCGUGGCACCGUCUAUGGCAGCUACGUGGAGUGGGAAGACAUGCGGGUGCUGGAGACAGCAGCACUGCAGCACCACCGCUCGAUGAACCCCUGCCCGCUCUAUGAUGAGUUCACCGGCACCCUCUUCCUCUUCUUCAUCACGGUGCUGGGCAGGACACCCGAAGCCUUCCAGAUUGUCACUGGGCAGAAUGUCACUCGCCUCUGCUGCGUCACCAGCGCCGAUCAGGGCCUGAGCUGGAGCAAAGCCACUGACCUGACGCAGCAGGUCAUCGGCAGGGCCAUCAAAGAGUGGGCCACCUUCGCGCUGGGCCCAGGGCAUGGGAUCCAGCUGCGCUCCGGCCGGCUGCUGGUGCCCGCCUACAGCUACCACAUCGACUGCAAGGAGUGCUUCGGGCAGCUCUGCAAGACCACCCCGCACUCUUUCGCCUUCUACAGUGACGACCAUGGCCAGGGAUGGCGUUUUGGGGAGUUCAUCCCCAACCUGCAGACAGGAGAGUGCCAGCUGGUCUCGGUGGAUGAGGAGGAUGGCUCCAACGUCCUCUACUGCAACGCCCGCAGCUCCCUGGGCUUCCGUGUCCAGGCACUGAGCACUGAUGACGGGGCUGUUUUCCAUGGGGGGCAGCUGGUCCCACGGCUGGUCGAGCCCCCACACGGCUGCCACGGCAGCAUCAUCGGCUUCCCCGCACCUUUGGUGACUUCAACAGGACCUCGCAGCUGCUCCUCAUUCCAAGGGGAUCCCCAAGGCACUUCUGGGCCCUUCUUUCAAGCGCCGACAUGGGUGCUCUACUCACACCCCACCAGCUCCAUGUCGCGGGUCAACAUGGGGGUUCACCUCAGCACCUUCCCCAGGGAUGCAGACAGCUGGACUGAGCCCUGGGUCAUCUACGAGGGCCCGAGCGCUUACUCAGACCUGGCUUACAUGGAGCUGCCCCACAGCCAGUUUCCCGUCUCUGGUGGCCCGGCCAUUGCUUUUGCCUGUCUGUACGAGAAUGGGAAGCGCUCGCCCUAUGAGCAGAUCUCCUUCAGCAUGUUCACGCUGCACGACGUGCUCCAGAACAUCCCCCUGACGGCUGCAGUGCCCCACAGGAAGCGAAGGCGAAGGAGCUGUUGUGUCUGCUAG